AUGUCUUCGACGCGCAGCGACGCGCCCGAAGUGCGCGAGUCCAUCGAGGCCAAGGUUACCAACGAUGUUGAGAUGACCGACGCACCCGCCGCCGCCGCCACCUCGGCCGACACCGCUCCCAUGCCCGUCGAUUCCAAUGCUGUUCCCGCGAAACCGGACGCUUCCGACAAAAUGGAUGUCGACGCUGACGCCGAUGCCGAUGCAGAUGCCGACGUAGAUGCUGAUGCCGACGGUGAAGCGGACGCUGAUGCCGAUGCACCUGGAGAAGUCGACGUCGACGUCGAUGCAGACGCAGACGCUGAUGCCGAUGCAGAUGGAGACGCUGAUGCCGAUGCCGACGCUGACGGAGACCCUGACGACGGUGCUGCUUCUCCAGCAGAAUCUGAGCCUGGCGAUCUCUUGGACAUCAUCCAAACCCUCAACACAUAUCUCAGCAACUAUAAGGACGAUGAUGGAGAGUGGUGGGCCGCCAGCUUCCAGCGUAUCCCGAAUAAACGCCAGCUCCCUGACUAUUUCGAAAUCAUCGAGAACCCCAUAGCCUUCAGCACCAUUCGCCACAAAAUAAGUAAAAAGCAGUACAAUGACUUCUCCGAGUUCGUCCGUGACGUUGCCCAGAUCUGUCACAAUGCUCAAGUGUACAACCGACCUUCGUCUGCCAUCUUCAAGGGCGCUACUGUAAUCAGGGAUCUUCUUAAGCAAGAGCUGCAGAAGCUCGUGAACAAGGGUACCAUACAGCCAGCGGAAGCCGAGCUGCCGGAUCUGGGAGAGCUACCGCCUGCCGAAGAAUCCUCCCCAGAGGCUGAGUCCGAAGAAGAGGAAGAAGAGGAGGAGGAAGAAGAGGAGGAAGACGAAGAUGACGACGACGACUCUGACGAUGAUGGGAGAGGGCGUCGCAACAGGAAGCGGGGGAGAGCAUCAUUCGGCAGACGCCAGACUGGCGAGGCCAGAGAGGAGGACGAGCAUAAGAAACGCGGCCGCCCUCCCAAGGUUCUCACGCCCCUCGAAGCUCGUAUACACAACGUCAUCAAGGGCCUUCGCAAAGUCAAGUCAGACGACGGUGACCUGCUCAUCGGUCCCUUUGAGAAGCUGCCCGACAAGACCAUGAAUCCAGACUACUACCAGGUUAUCAAGGACCCCAUUGCGCUGGAUAACAUAAAACGCAAGGCCAAGAGGAAGAAGUACCCGACCGUUGACAGUGUCCUCAAGGACAUUGAUCUCAUGUUCAACAACGCCAAACACUACAACGAGGAAGGAAGUGAAAUUUUCGAGGCUGCCGUAGAGCUGCAGAAGCAGGCCCAUGGACUGGUAGCGCAGGAGGAGGCCAGACCCGAUGAUGAGUUCCGAGACGAGGACGGCAAGCUGCCGUUGGCUGAGAUUCAAUACAACGGCCAAUCGUGGAAAGUUGGUGACUGGGUGCACAUUCGCAACGUCAACGACAUGGCCAAGCCCAUUGUCGCCCAGAUUUUCCGCACCUGGCAAGAUCGUGCCGGCCAGCGGUGGAUCAAUGCUUGCUGGUACUACCGUCCCGAACAGACGGUCCACCGAUACGAGAAGCACUUCUUCGAGAACGAAGUGGCCAAGACGGGCCAGUAUCGUGACCACCAGAUCGAAGAGGUUCUCGACCGAUGCUUCGUCAUGUUUGUGACGCGCUUCAACAAGGGGCGGCCUCGCGGUCUGCCACAUGACAAGGAGGUGUAUGUGUGUGAGUCUCGCUACAACGAACAGACGUGCCGCUUCAACAAGAUCAAGACGUGGGCCAGCUGCGUGCCGGACGAGGUGCGGGAAAAGGAUUACGAAAUGGACUUGUUUGACCAGCCACGGCGGCUCAAGAAGGUGCCCAGCCCGAUCAAGCACCUGCUGCAAGCCGACGCGAAAGAGACGGACGAGCUGCCGAAGCCGACAUGGGGAGCUCCAAACGCACCGCCUAUCAUCGGCGCCGUGCACCGUCGACCCAGGGAAUCGAACGAGUCCCCUCCACCUGAACCAACACCAUCGCCGCCUCCCAUAAGUCAGGAGGCUGCUCGACGCCCAUCGGUGCUCCAGGCAAUGCGACAAACGCCUAGCGACAUGUCGAUGAACAAUCCGCCAACGCCGUACGGACACGGAAUGGGCGCGGCGCCGUCGCCGUCGCCGGCCAUGUACGGGCAGCAAUACACGCCUCAACACGCGUCGGCUUCGCCUGUCGCGGUGCCUCAUCAGACACCAGUGCCGCUGCCCCAGAUUCCUCCUCACCAGGCGUCUCACUCUCCGCAACAACCCAUCCGUCCCAUGUACCAGCAGCAGGGAUACGUGCCAAGCCCCUUCCAGCAUCAGCAACAGCACCCACAGCAUCCACAGCACCAUCCCCACCAGUUUCAGCAACAGCAGCAGCAGCAGCAACAGCACCUUCCACCACAGCAGCACCACCAGCCGCCGCCGCCGCACUACCCGCAGGCCCAAGCGCCCCCCGUGGCACAGCACGGACACGGACACCACCAGAUGCAUCCACAAAUGAUGACAGCAAACUCUUUGGGCCCAACGACGUUCAAUCACCACCAGAUGCAGCCUCACCCAGCUGCAGCCCGCACCCCCAUGGCGUCUGCACCCAAUGCCAUGCCGCCAAACAACGCCUACAACCCCCCGCGCCCUCCCGAGGUUUUUGUCCUGCCCGACCACAUCAACGACCAGAUUCCCGAGGAGGUGCGCAGCCAGUACAACAGGGACGAGAACGGCAGAAUCAUUUUCUUCACCACACCGCCCGCCGCGCGCCCCGAACAUGGCCUCGCGCCGGACCACGCAAACACGGGCCAUAGCCUCGCCUACCUUGCCAAGAGCAACCCGGAAUGGCUGUCGGAGCGUGCGAGCAAGGCAAAGGCCUUCUCCGUUGUCAAACAGAAGGAGCUGAAGACCAAGAUGGUCAUUGACGAGAUCACCAAGGGCAAGACGCAGGAGGAGCUGCGUGACUGGGCGAGCGACGCAUGGGCUCUGUAUUGGAAGAGCCAUGCCCAGGAAACGAUGCGCAUGCGCGAGGAUGGCGACCUGGAUGGACAUGACCAGAUGGUGAGGGAGCAGCGUGCAGUCAAGGUCAAGUCCAGAAGGGAGCGUGAGGAGGAGGCCGAUAGGGCCGAAGAGGCCAAGAAGGCCAGCUAUCUCGAGGGCAUCUACUCGGCCCACACCAGCAUGCGUUCCUCCAAGCCACGUGGUGUCUGA